AGCUUUCUCUCCUCCACGGCUGGCAUGUUAUGCUAUGCUUUAGUGUACGGUUCAAAGACUGUCUGGGUCUUCACACUAAUUCAAGAAGAUCGGAAAGAACUACAUAUCAAGGCACACUGCUUGACCAAAAACUGCAAUUAUGAUGACAACCUGUUUUAUGGAAUCAUCAGAUGUGCGUUGGAUCUAAUUGGCUAUAUUAUUGGCAUGGAACUCAGCAAGUAUUCCAAGAAGAGGACGCCUGAUAUAGAUGCAGUGUUGGCAGGAAUAGGGCUUAUUACCUGUGCCCCUUUCUUCCUGUUCUUUAUAUUUAUGCCAGAGAUCAACAUACCUGUUGCCUAUGUUUUCAUUGCCGUCUCUGGAAUAUUACAAGCUAUAUGCCAAGUCCCGAUGCUUAACAUGAAACUGAACUUAGUGAGCCCAAAACUACGUGGAAAAGCCAAUGUUAUCCAGCUGUUCUUCUCAAAGCUGUUAGAAGGUAUUGGGCACGCAAUCUUUGUGAGCUUAGUCUCUCAUGAACUGCAGAAGAACAAUCCGUAUGUCACCGAGCUGAUGAGUUUGGAGUUUGCUCUAGCAUUUUUUCCAUUUGUGGCAGUGAUCGGAGGGCUAUUUUUCUUCAUUACUGCUUAUUGCGUAAGGAAGAAAAAGAAAAUGGCAGAGAAGCCAAUGGCUAUAUAUGUCAUCAGUCAGAAAUAAUCGACGAGCGGAAUUACAGCAAGUUCCCACAAUUCCUCCAGCAAUUCUGCGCAGAACAGUCUGUUUGGAAUGAUGCACAUUCCUAGACGUAAAUGCAGACUGACCGCUUCACGGAAUAUUUGCAAGACGUCACCAGCGUAGCACAUGCGCAGAACUUAUAUUAGCUAUG